GGACUUCCUCCCGGAAUCCCGUUGGCCAUGAUAGCGGGGCCGUGGGUGACACGUAAGUUGGGUGGGAGGUGGCGGGCGGCUGGAGCUUCCAGAUCAGUGACACCAGCCCACCCCCCCACCCCCCCUUAACCUGACCAGACCAACCAGUCCCCAUCUCUUCAUCAAUACCAAGGGACCGUUCAAGGGGACGCCGCCGGGAGCCAGGUCCCUUUGUUGGGCGCGCGUCCCCUACUAGUGGUAGCGACAAAGUCCAGCAGCGGGAGCCGGCGCGAGGGGCGGGGACUGACGGUGGGGACAGGGAGGCCAAAAAGUGGGGAGUAGGGAAAACCAAGCCGGCUGCGCGCAGGGACCAGUAGCAAGGGCAGCGGGCUCUGAAGUAUGCAAAGAGACUCCACACGGGCCCAGCCACUCGCAGAAAUCGGACAUCACAGAAGUUUGGUGGCUGCUGGCCGGGUGGCGUCGAUGACCUGGCGCCCAGCCGCCCGCGGGGGCUGAGCGGCCGCCUCUUCCUCUCCGGUCCGGCUUUUGUGUCUCGCUUCUUCUGCUCAUGCUGUGUCCAGCUACUUCUCGUGGUGGCCGCUGCUGAGCUGUCCGACGCAGCGGAGGACCGAGGACACGACGGCUCCCGCCGCCGCAGCGCGGGGCACAGGAGGGACUAUGGGAAACGGGAUGUGCUCCCGAAAGCAGAAGCGGAUCUUCCAGACGCUGCUGCUUCUCACGGUGGUCUUCGGCUUCCUCUAUGGCGCGAUGCUCUACUUGGAACUGCAGACGCAGCUGCGCAAAGCUGAGGCAGUGGCGCUCAAGUACCAGCAGCACCAGGACUCACUCUCUGCUCAAUUGCAAGUUGUAUAUGAACACAGAUCAAGAUUAGAGAAAUCUUUGCAAAAGGAAAGGCUUGAACACAAGAAAGCAAAGGAAGAUUUCCUUGUUUAUAAGUUAGAAGCACAAGAAACACUUAACAAAGGAAGGCAAGAUUCCAAUAGCAGAUAUAGUGCAUUGAAUGUCCAACAUCAGAUGCUGAAAAGUCAGCAUGAGGAGCUGAGGAAGCAGCACAGUGACCUGGAAGAGGAACACCGGAAGCAAGGGGAAGACUUCAGUAGAACGUUCAAUGACCACAAGCAGAGAUACCUGCAGCUUCAGCAAGAAAAGGAACAAGAACUUUCUAAGCUAAAAGAAACUGUAUAUAAUUUGAGAGAAGAGAAUAGACAACUAAGAAAAGCACACCAAGACAUUCACACACAGCUUCAAGACGUCAAGACUCAAGUUGCAGAAUAUAAACAACUAAAAGAUACACUGAACAGGAUUCCAAGCUUUCGAAAUCCUGACCCAGUCGAGCAGCAAAAUGUCACCUUUCCCCAUGGGACUCACCCUCCUCAAGGUUACAACAUCAGAGAGAAGCUGACAGGAGAGCUACAAGAGGUGCAACAGAACCAUGAAGCAGGGCCUAGAAGAAUGGAAGAGAAACCUCUGUCUUCCAUGCAGAAGGAUGCAGGAUUCCAGGCUCUAGAAGAGCAGAAUCAAGUGGAACCCAGAGAGCCAGAGGAGCAUCAAGUGGAAGAGGAACACAGGAAGGCACUGGAGGAGGAGGAGAUGGAGCAGGUGGGGCAGGCAGAACAUUUGGAAGAAGAACACGACCCGUCACCAGAGGAGCAGGAUCGAGACUGGCGGGAUCAGCAGGGACAGAAUGCAGCCCACCUUCUGGAUGGCCACCCUCAAGCUGAGGUGGAGCAUUCGACCAAGGCAGCUACAAACUUCCAAUCCCCAUAUGAGGAACAGUUGGAACAGCAGAGGCUGGCAGCUAGGAGAGAUGAGGAAGCCCAGCGGCUGAGAGAACAUCAGGAAGCCUUGCACCAACAGAGGCUCCAUGGGCAGUUGCUAAGACAACAGCAGCAGCAACAGUUCCUGGCCAGAGAGAUGGCUCAGCAGAAGCAGGCAGCCGAUAAAGAUGUCCAGGAGCAGCACCAGGAGCAGCUAAGGCAGCAAGCUCAUUACAAUGCUGUGGAGAAUGACAUCGCACAGGGAGCCGAGGACCAGGGAAUCCCGGAAGAAGAGGGAGGUGCCUAUGACAGAGAUAACCAGCGCCAAGAUGAAGCUGAAGGAGACCCAGGCAACAGACAGGAACUUCGUGAACCAGGACACCAAGAAGGCGACCCUGAAGUUGAAGCAGAUAGGGCAGCUGUGGAGGAUAUAAACCCAGCAGAUGACCCCAACAAUCAAGGCGAAGAUGAAUUUGAGGAAGCUGAGCAAGUGAGAGAAGAAAAUUUGCCAGAGGAAAGUGAAGAGCAAAAACAAAGCGAAGCAAAGCAGGGGAAUGUAGAAAUGGAUGAGCACUUGGUGAUGGCAGGGAAUCCAGACCAGCAGGAGGAUAAUGUUGAUGAGCAGUAUCAGGAAGAAGGAGAGGAAGAGGUUCAGGAAGAUCUGACUGAAGAGAAAAAACGGGAAAUGGAGCAUAAUGUUGAAGAGACAUAUGAUGAAAAUCCGGAUGAUAAGAAUAAUGAUGGUGAAGAACAAGGAGUUCACAACAGGGCGCAUCCCAAAGGAAGACAGGAGCAUUAUGAGGAGGAGGAAGAUGAAGAAGACGGGGCCGCUGUUGCUGAGAAAUCACAUCGCAGAGCUGAAAUGUAACUGGACCCAGUUUCUAGACUGUGCUCAGCCAACGAUUUUUUUCUCAAGCUGCUCCAAAACAAAUCCUGCCUACUGAAUUCUAGAGUAUUUAAUUACAUACAGAAGUAAGGGUUUAGAAUUUUUUAACUUUUUUAUUAGAAAUGCUAUACAUUUAUAUGAAUAUAUUUUGAUACCUUAGGUGAAAACUUCUUUUAUAGUCAAGUUAUACAUGGACAAGAAGAAAAGCAGUAAGACUUGCCUUCAGGUCUGAAUCUCAUUUCUCAGUGAUGGUAGGAAGAUGUGCUUGGCUUUGGUGCAUGUCUCAGCUCAGUACCAUUUUGUUUUCUGGCUUCCGGGUAGUCUACUAUUUAUCUCAGAUAAAAUGCAAGAUAUAGAAAAAAAAGGUGUACGGAAAAACAUUAUGCAAACAUCAGGGCAAUGGCCGGUGUCCUAGUGGCUGUUCUUGCAGGUUCUUGUGUACAGCUCUGAAAGAAUGACUCUACUGCAGAGUGUUGGCAAAUGAGAGCCAUCUGUACAGUUGAAAAUCAAUUGGAAAGCCUGUGUGUCUGUGUGUGUGUGUGUGUGUGUGUGUGUGUGUGUGUGUGUGUCAGGACAAAGUUUUUUUCAAACUUUCAGGUCAUUUUGAAUAAUCCAUAGCAAUUCUUAAAAUCACAGCUAUCUUGCUUGAGAGGAAUCACGUAUGAAAGUUGAAUAAUAUUAAUACCCCUAUGAAAGUAUCAAGGACUCUGUCUUGUCAGAGAGGCCAAAGGAGCUGACACACUUAGAAAUAGAUGUAGUAUGUACAGUGAUGCUUCCUGGGUGAACUCCCAGUCUCCAUCAUUUCUUCUCUAGAGUCUCCCCAUCAGUUAUCUGCUUGCUCGUCAGACUCCACUUGCUACAGCAUAUUUUCCUCUCUUAAGCUCCGUGCCUUGAUAUGUAACCAUUUGGUUCACAAUUAUGGGUAGGAAAGCAUGUGAAGCUACAGUUUAAUAGGAUUAUUUUUCAGACUAUAUGAUAAAAUAUCUAUAGCACUAUGAUAGGCACCCCUCCCUUAGCAGCUUUACUAUUUACCCAGAAUUGACCUGCCUUUGCCUAUGUAUGAGGCAUUCUAAUGGCUAUCAAUAAUAAUGCAUCCUUUAAAAGAAAACUCAAACUGGAAGGUUUUCCCUGAAAUGAGCACAUAUUUUAGUUUAUAUCAUCAAUAUUGUUAAAUACAUUGAACUGGGCCACAGUUAAUCUGUGUGUGGUACUUUCAAAAUAAUAAAAGCAAAUUUCAUUUUCUGUUAUUAUCAUAUGAGUGUAAUUUUAGUUUCUAAUAGCCACAAUCAUGUAUGGUUUUGAUUUUCCCAGCUGAGCAAUUGUGUAUGUAUGCAUAGAAAUGUUCCGUUCAAAUUUAGUUUGGAUUUCCAGUAACAAUAAAUCAAAUCUCAUCUUUAUGUAUAAAAGCCCCAUAUGUAAUGUAAAAUGUAUCAUAUUGUACAUAAAUACUCAGAAUACAAUUAUUUUGGUAAAUUAGUUUGUAUUUUUAAUGUCCCAUUGCAGUAUUUAAUUAUUUGAAACACAUUGAAACUUGGGUAAUAAUCAAUAAACCUAUAAAAAGUUAAGGGUAAGUUUUUAAAGCAUAUAAUUUCUUAGUGGUUUGUUAUCUAUGGUUUUUCUUUAUAAUAUAAAUUAAUGAAUCAUUAAAUGCCUUUCCCAAA